UGGGGGUUAGGAUUGACACGUGAAAAAAUUGUUAUGCUGCGCCCACUAGAACUAUGUUAGGUACGAAACUACAUGAGACCCAAAAAGCGUAAGCUAACUAGAUUUUAACUAGUACAGUGAUGUAAAUCAUCUCCACUCUACAGCUUCGAAGUUCGAACUAGUCAGCAUUUGCAAUUACUGAAUUAGGAUCGUGCGCUAAAAAGCACCAUGUCAGAUGAGGUGCUAUCCGUCACCGUUACAGCUCCCACUAACAUCGCAAUUGUGAAAUAUUGGGGAAAACGUUGUACGAAAUUCAACUUGCCAAUCAACUCUUCCUUGAGUGCUACUUUGAGUCAAGACCAAUUAAAAACUACAACAAGAAUUAAAACAUCACCUACUUUUGAAGAGGAUGAGGUUUGGCUACAUGGAAAGGAGCAAGAUAUUCAAAAAAAUCAAAGACUCCUCAACUGCUUCAACAAUAUUCGUAGACUUGCCAGAAAACAAGCAAUAUCUGGAGGUGAAGGAUCAGCAGACCAGAUUAAAUUUUACAGUCAAAAGGUUCAAGUUCAUACCGAAAACAAUUUUCCUACAGCUGCUGGCUUAGCAUCUUCUGCUUCAGGCUAUGCAGCGCUUGUAUUCGGACUUGGGACGUUGUUUAAAGUUCAGGGAGAUUUGACAUCAAUUGCUCGUCAAGGUUCUGGAAGUGCUUGCAGGAGCUUACAUGGUGGAUUUGUUGAAUGGCAGAUGGGGGAACAGUCGGAUGGUGAAGACUCUAUCGGUGUGCAGAUAGCACCAGAAUCUCACUGGCCUGAACUACGGAUCAUUGUACUAGUUGUAAAUGAUGCAAGGAAAAAAGUUGGCAGCACUGAAGGAAUGCAAUCCAGCGUUCAGACUUCUACUUUACUUCAAUAUAGAUCAGAAAAAAUUGUAGAUGAGCGAAUAAAACAAGCGAAGAGAGCAAUUAUUGACAAAGAUUUUUCUCUGCUUGCGGAAAUAAUCAUGAAAGAGAGCAAUCAACUUCAUGCUGUCUGUCUGGACUCCUUUCCCCCUCUGCAUUAUUUGUCGAACGAAUCCCACACAAUAAUGGAUUUAGUGCAUGCGUAUAACAGAGCCACUGGUUGCACAAGGCUAGCAUAUACGUUUGAUGCAGGUCCCAAUGCUUGCUUAUUUACAAUGUCUACUUUUGUUAAUGAGGUUGCAUGGUUAAUUGAACAUUAUUUUCCAGUGGAAAAUGGAAAUAAGAUUUUCAGAGGGUUGGAAGUUGAUCCUGUAUCACCAGGAGAUGAAGUUCUCAAUAAACUGGACAUGGAGAUUAAUCCCAAUGUGAUAAAGAGACAACCUACCAUUAUAUAAUUUUGAAAUAUGUCUUUUGAGUAUUUGGAUUUUCGAAUAUUGGAAGAGAAAGACCAUACAUUGGUUUGGAAUUUAAUGUUGGAGGAAUAUUUCACACGAGAACCUGUUUGUGCGGUUUCAAAUUUUUCACCAGAUGAAACUAAAAUGUAUGUUGGAGACUUUGUUAAUGAUGGCCUUUGGCAACACGCAAGCUUGGGAGCAUUUGACAAACAGUCUCACAAAUUGGUAGCAAUUCAAAUAAAUAUACUUGGAAAGAAACCAAGAAAAUAUCUCGAUUAUGAUGAAAAUGGAUAUCCUAUGCACGUAAGACAAGCAAUUGGGAUUAUGGAUCAUAUUGCUGGAGAUACCUCUGACAUUAUUGGGACGACAGACUACAUGAACUUUAUUGUACUGUGCUGUAGAAAAAGUUACUGCAAUCGUGGAAUUGCAACCGAACUAUACAAAAGGUAUUUGUUCAAACUAGUUGUUUGUAAAAACAGACGAUAAGCAAUCGCUUGCAAAGGGGUCAAAGAAAGCUUUCAACUACUAUGAAUCUUGUUCAUUAUCAUUAAAAGUAAGACUUCGGCCAUAUUCCUAUCAACAGUCUCUCUCUCGUUCUAUCAGGUAAAUUAUGUUAUAAUGGCUCUCGCUUCAAAUGAUAUAUUCGUUAAAAUACUUUUCAGAUCCGAAGAAAUUGCAAGGAAUGAAGGGUGCAAAAAGAUGUAUACAAUAGCAACAAACUGUUAUACCCGCAAAAUAACAGACAAAUUCGGUUAUACAGUAAUAAACGAAAUGAAUUACGAAGACUAUGUAGACACAUUCACAGGGAAUAAGAUUUUCAACAAUAUUGCCAAACCUCACAGUAAUAUUGCACUGGUUGUAAAAAUAUUAUAGCAUUACAUAUCUCACAAAAGAGUAGUCCUGGUGCUUUUUGUGAAUGUGUGUUGAGGUGCGUCAAACAUAACUAACAGUGUUUUUGGAGUGGAUGAUCACUAAACAACACCACAGUUACAUAUAUAUAAUGUACUAUGUUAUUUACAAAUAAAUAAAUAUCUAAUUAUGAUGA